AUGCGCCGGCCACCGGAGCGCUCUCCAGCGGCUCUGCGGCUGAGCGGGGGAGGGAAGGGAGUCGCCGGGGCAGAGAUGGCUGGGGAGACUCCGCGCCCGACCCCCGGCAAGAGCAUCGCCGCCCCGCCGCCCCGGCCGCCCCGCCGCAGCAGCAGCAGCUCCGAGCGAGUGGCUCUGAAGAAGGAGAUCGGGCUGGUCAGCGCCUGUGCCAUCAUCAUCGGUAACAUUAUUGGUUCUGGAAUCUUUAUUUCCCCAAAAGGAGUUCUGGAACACUCCGGGUCAGUGGGACUAGCUCUUGUUGUUUGGGUGCUUGGAGGAGGGAUUGCUGUCCUUGGAUCUUUAUGUUAUGCUGAGCUAGGAGUUGCUAUCCCGAAAUCAGGAGGGGAUUAUUCCUAUGUCACCGAGAUUUUUGGUGGGUUAGCUGGUUUUUUGCUGCUAUGGAGUGCAGUGCUUAUCAUGUACCCUACCAGCCUGGCUGUUAUCGCAUUGACAUUUUCAAACUAUGUUCUACAACCGGUGUUCCCUAAUUGCAUCCCACCUUAUAAUGCCUCCAGGGUCCUCUCCACGGUGUGUUUAUUACUCCUGACUUGGGUGAACAGCUCCAGCGUUCGAUGGGCAACUCGCAUCCAGGAUAUAUUUACAGCAGGAAAACUUUUAGCCUUGGCCCUUAUCAUUACUAUGGGCUUCAUACAGAUCUUUAAAGGAAACUAUGAAGAACUGACACCAAGCAAUGCAUUCAAUUUUUGGAUGUCUCCAUCUGUGGGACAGUUAGCAUUAGCUUUUCUUCAAGGGUCAUUUGCAUUCAGUGGGUGGAACUUCUUGAAUUAUGUAACAGAAGAAUUAGUUGAUCCCCGCAGGAACCUACCUCGUGCCAUAUUCAUAUCCAUCCCAUUGGUGACAUUUGUGUAUACAUUCACCAAUAUUGCAUAUUUCACUGCCAUGUCACCUCAAGAGCUCUUGUCCUCCAAUGCUGUGGCAGUAACAUUUGGUGAAAAGUUACUGGGCUAUUUUUCCUGGGUUAUGCCAGUCUCAGUGGCCUUAUCUACAUUUGGAGGAAUAAAUGGAUACCUUUUUACCUCAUCAAGGUUAUGUUUUUCUGGAGCUCGUGAAGGUCACUUGCCCAGCUUGCUUGCUAUGAUUCACGUUAAACACUGCACCCCAAUCCCUGCCCUUCUAGUGUGUUGUUUGACCACUAUUAUCAUCAUGCUUGUUGGAGACACAUACACAUUAAUUAAUUAUGUAUCGUUUAUUAACUACCUCUGCUAUGGAGUGACAAUCAUAGGCCUGAUUGUGUUGCGCUGGAAGAAACCCAAAAUCUUCAGACCUAUCAAGGUGAAUCUCCUUGUUCCAGUCACUUACCUGCUAUUUUGGGCAUUUCUACUGAUCUUCAGUUUCUAUUCUGAGCCAGUCGUCUGUGGAAUUGGACUAAUUAUCAUAUUAACUGGAGUGCCCGUGUUUUUUCUCGGAGUGUACUGGAGAAAUAAACCAAAGUGUGUAAAUAGGCUAGCUGAAUCCAUGACAUACUGGGGACAGAAGUUGUGUUUCGUCGUCCACCCUCAGGAGGGAGCUCCAGAAGAGGAUGAUCUGCCUUUCACUCAUUCUCAGCUACCAGGAAGUGAAAAGUCCUUGAAGAAACAGUGAAAAGUCCUUGAAGAAAUAAUGAAGCAAUCGAUGAGACAGAAGUAGUUUUUUGUUUACAUGUUGAUUUUUGCAAAAAGUUUUUCUUGAAAACAAAAAAUAUGUUGUUAGAAAUUGGAUACAGAAGCCCAUGAAAUGAGCAACACCUUUACAACAGUCCUUAGCUCUUAGCUUUUCCUAAAAAAAUAAAAUAAGGAGCUGGUUAUUUAUUUCUGACAGUGUAUUUCAGUCAGCAAGGAAGUUUAGUGCACAUACAGUAAGCUAAGUUAUUCAUCACCAAUUCUAGCAGCCUUAGGGUUGUACUGCAAAGCAGAUUAAUCUGGAAAUUUCAAUAGUGAAAAUAAAAUGGGGAAAGUCAGUGGAAUAGGGGCCGCCUGUGGUCCUACUCAUGCUCCCACUGGAGUCAGUGACAAAACUCAAAUUGAUUUCACUGGCACAGGGUCAGACCCCACAUGACCCAUGUAGUUUUCAAAUUACAACCUAAAAAUUCAAUUGUGCGAACACUUCUGCAAUGAAUAACUUUACCCCUGAGAGCAAAGUUACACCCACGCCUAUGUAUUUGCAAGUUUGGGUAUUAAAAUUGUGACCAUUGUUAGAGCGAACAGUAAGGGUCUGUCUACACAGCACAGAAAAACCCACUGCUGCGGUUCGUGGGGCUCGGCUCGGGUUUGUGGGGCUGUGUCAUUGCUGUGUAGACUUCCAGGCUCAGGCUGGAGCCUGGACUCUGACACCGUACA